UUGUUCUUGGGUUGCCGCCGCCGCCCGACUCGGUUUCCGACCUCCCUCACUUUGUUCGCCUCCCGCCGCCUGGCUUGUUCUCCCAGCUCAGCGAGCCGCCGCUGUGCGGUGCGCCCUCCCGAGCCGCAGCCCCGCGCUGCCUGGGACUGGGAUCAGCUGCGCGGAGAGAGGCCUGUGCGGGCGGGCGGGUCUGUGCGGGGGACAGGAGCGGCUCAAGGUCUGCGGGGAGGCAGCGCAGAGAUCCCCGUCGCUGUAGGGUUAGCGCAGAGAUCCCCACUGCGAUAGCGGACCCAACAGAUCCCCAUUAUUAUAGAGGGUUUGCUAGUGAGAUCGCUAUAGGGGAGGUCAGCGAUCCCCACAGCUGUAGGGGUAGCUCAGAGAUCCCCACUGCUAUAGGGAAGCUCAGAGAUCCCGAGUUCUAUAGGAGUAGCUCAGAGAUCCCCACUGCUAUAGGGAUAGCUCAGAGAUCCCCACUGCUAUAGGGGUAGCUCAGAGAUCCCCACUGCUAUAGGGGUAGCUCAGAGAUCCUCAUUGCUAUAGGGGUAGCUCAGAGAUCCCCACUGCUAUAGGGGUAGCUCAGAGAUCCCCACUGCUAUAGGGGAUAGCUCAGAGAUCUCCACAGCAAUAGGGGUAGCUCAGAGAUCCCCACUGCUAUAGGGGUAGCUCAGAGAUCCCCACAGCUAUAGGGGUAGCUCAGAGAUCCUCAUUGCUAUAGGGAAGCUCAGAGAUCUCCACUGCUAUAGGUAAUACCUAGAUCUCCAGCACAGUAAGGUUUAGCUUGGCCUGGGUCUUUCAGCCCUAACUGUGGAGCAGCACCUGUGUCCUCCUGCUAUCAAGGGUGAGCCCUGUUACCUGCCCGCUGGAGGCAUCCAGUGCCACCACUCUCGGCAAGAAAGGCCUAGAGACACACAGGAGCGGAGGUAACGCGGGGCUGAUGUGAUCCCAUCCCACCCGUGCCAGAGGAGGGACGGAUGGAGAACUUCACGCCACUGUCCUCGGGGCAAAAAAUGGUGUCUGAAACACGCGAUAGCGCCUGCCAGGCCUCCUUUCAGGAUACUUCAUUACGAAGCAGCAGGAAUUGACCCACAGAUGUGGCUUCUGCAGUGACUUUAACUGAGGAAAUCAUGCUCCCCCAAAUGAAUGGAAGGCUUUCUUGCUGCUCUCUCCUCCUGUUAUGUACUUGUUACAUGUCUGCGGCAAGAAAUGCAAAUACACUGCUAGAGCUGAGCCCCCAGGAGUAUUUCAGUAGCUUGCAGCCGGGAAGAGCAUCCCUAGUUUAUUUUAGUCGAGACGCUCUUAUUGGUGUUUCAGUUUCUCCAGGUGCCCGUCUGUUUCUGGAACAGCUAGAGAACUCAGUUGGAGCGCUCCAGGACUAUGGGAUUUCAGUGGUGAAGGUUAAUUGCCUCAAAGAAGAGGUAUCAAGAUAUUGUGGGAAAGAAAAUGCCUUAAUGAAAGCAUACCUGUUCAGAGGUAACGUGUUGCUCAGAGAAUUCCCCACAGAUGCCCUGUUCGACGUGAAUGCCAUUGUAGCCAAUAUCCUGUUUGCCCUCCUCUUUAACGAAGUUAAAUAUAUUACAACGCUGGUGGAGCUUCAGAAUCUAGAAAAUUCUCUGAAGCGAAGAUCAAAUGUCGUCUUUGCCUAUGUGCCAGCAAUUGGAACAGCAGAGCACAGAGCAGUAAUGGAAGCUGCUUUUGUACAUGGGACUGCUCACCAGUUUGUUUUAACCACAGAAGUGGCGCUGUUGAAGACCAUUGGCUGUGAAGAUUCUGAUGCAUUGUCUGCUCGACUCUUCUUCUGCCAUUGUCAGCGGGUCCCGGAUCUGACCCAGCCGUGUAGGAGGACUCCCAUGGAGCAGUCACUGACCACGCUGAACAUCCACACAUAUCUCAAACUGAUGGCAGAACCCCUUGUGACUGAAGUUGCUGAAGAUCCAGAAAAGGUUUCAACUGUCCACCUACAGCUCGGCCUGCCGCUGGUAUUUAUUCUCAGUCAGAAGGAGACCUAUGAAGUUGAUAAGAGAACUGCUGAGUAUGUUGCAUGGCAGCUGCUGGGGAAAGCAGGAGUUGCCCUCUUAUCAAGGGAUUCCGUAGAUCUGAACGUUCUUCUCCAGUCUAACGUGGCCCUCAAGACAGCAGAAGAGGGUGCGCCGAUCAAAUACCUGGUUUUGGAAGAUACUGAUGAAAUAAUAGCCCUUGUGGAAGACAAGAUAAAGGGCGAACAGAUCCAGGAAGAUGAGGAUGAAAGUGACAAUAAUGACCAGGAAAUUCAAGAUGACCAGGUGAUGGAAGCGGUUUACAGAGAUAGGAAGCGAGAACUCCCUUUGGAACUCAUCCGUACCCUGACAGAAGAAACUUUUAGUGCUGCUCUGACGGAGACCGCCCACGUGGUGGUGCUAUUCUACGCCAGUUGGGAAGCGGUGUCCCUGGCGAUGUUGCAAUCGUAUGUAGAGGUGGCCAUUGCAUUAAAAGGAACCCAAGGAAUUUCGCUUGCCAAAGUAAAUUGCUGGGACUGGCCUGAUGUCUGCAUGAAGCAGAAUGUCACCCAAUUUCCCAUUACCAAGAUGUAUGAGAAGGGAGCAAGACCACUGACUUACACUGGCAUGCUCGGAACAGCGGAGCUGCUCAGAUUCCUCAGGCUAAGCAGCAUUUCCUGCCCUGUGAAGCUGACCACGAUUGAAGAAGUGGACGACUAUUUAAGUGGGGAAGUUUAUGCCGACUCGUCAUCAUACCACAGCACAUCAGUUCUGGGAAUAUUUCGCCCUAGCAUGAAAGAAGCGAGGGAAGCUUUUGUCGAAGCAGGAAACAUGCUCCGGGGAUAUGUAACAAUAGGACUGUACGCUGAAGAUGAUGCAUUGAUUCUGGCCCGUAAAUACGCUGUUCCUCUUCCAGCGCUGCUUCUAGCUAGGCAUGAAGAUCACAGACUAGAUAGCAUCCCGCUAUCCAAACAGAGUGCACCAGACAUAGUUCAGACAAUCAGGUCCCAAUUACUGGAAACAUUUCCAGAAAUCACAGUGGAAAAUCUCCCCCACUACUUGAGCCUGGAAAAACCCUUACUCAUUUUGUUCAGCGAUGGAGGCCUAAAUCAAAGAGUGAGAAUGGAAAUGUUGAGUUUGGCGAAUGGAAAAGGCCACGAGGCAUUUCUCGCUUGCUGGAUGAACCUGAAAACCACUCCUGUAGGCAGAGGAGUCCUGAAGGCAUAUUUCAGCAUUCCACCUCCUCUGCCACUUCUUGCCUGGGUGAACCUUCAUUCCGGCGGGGAAGUAUUUGCAUUUCCUUCGGACCAAUCUGUCACCGAAACGAACAUUUUGUCUUGGCUCGAGAAAUUAAUAGCCGGGCUCGAGAUUCCCAGCACUACUUUGUCUGAUGAAGCCUGGAAGCCUCCUCUUCCUGCUUACAAUUUCUUACACAUGAUGAAGGCCACCCUGCCUGAAUUCACAGUGCACGCAGUUUAUAGUCGUGGUGGCACCGAUGAGCUGCAGCAGGCAGAGGAGGUCUCUGAGGAGAAGUCGACUGUCCGAGAGGAGCAGGUGGAAGAACCGGGGCUGGAAGCAGAGAAAGGCCAGUCGCCAGGGAGAGACUUGCGUGGCACGGCCCCGAGGCUGGCAGGAAGAGAGAAGCCGCCCAAGCGACACAUGGAGCUGUGAUGGCCAACGAUCAGCCUACGGGUGCUAACAAAGGCCAUUAGAAGGGUGACCAGGAUGUUCCUCCCAUGCCGAUCCAGCGUUUAAAAUGGUCACAGCAAUUCUUUAAACCCAAAAGGGAUGAGGUUGUGUGAGAAACUGGCCAUGGAGUGAAGGCCACAGCAGGAUUACUGUUUAAAGCCCCAUUUCCAAGCUGAUCAAGCGCAGGUCAUUCUGUCUAGCACUACGAUCUGUGUUACAACUGCCGGUCUCUGAGAAUGUUCCUGCGGGUGCAUCCCACUGGCCAGAUGGUCAGGUCACUGCAUAAAUCUCACCCGUUGUAUUGCGUUUCAUGGCAAAUCAGGAAGGGAAAUAGCCUGGCAUUCUACUUUUUGCAAGCUGAUCAGGAUGUGAACAAGCUAAUUCCUAUGGCUGAGGGCUCUGUCCACACACCGAACUCGCCCAGUCUAGUUAAAGCCAUAGUGUAUGCGCAGUUAUACUGGUAUAAAUGUGAUUACGCCAGCAUAAGGCACCUUUAUACCAGUAUAACUGCGUCCACACUAGGAGCUGUACUGGUAUAACCAUGUUGGUAGAAAAAUCACACCCCUCAUGGAAAUAGUGACAUCGGUACAAAAGCCACGUGUGGCGGUGGCCUUAGAAAAGGGGAACGGAGUGGUGAAGACAAACACACUGGACUUCCCAGGUCUUGUCUUUCCCCUGACUGCUUGGGUAGGCCUAGCUCUGCUCAGCUGAGUCCAUCACUCUGCUGUUUCGGAGCAGGGAUGGGCCCGGACAUACAAACUGGCUGGCUCCCUGCAGGCUGAUUGCAGGCAGCCGUCACCAAUCGUCUCACAGUUCAUCCCGUGAUGACUAGUCAGCGGGCUGCGACGUGAGCAGACUAGGAAGGGAGAGCAUGGAAGGACAGCCGUUCAGACUGGGCAGAAGGCAUCAGGGUUUAAAAGGAAGAGUCUGCAGUGACCCAGGCCAGAGAGCCAAGGCUACUGGGAGAUCUGUUUCACAUCCUCUUCCAGAUUGGGAGACUUACCACCCCGGAAAAAGGCAGCAUCCCUUCGGCGCUUGCUUCCCUUUUACAAUCAAGGGUGGUGGUAAUCCACGUUCCCUCUACGGUGCACAGCGAUGCAGGAGGCUGCACAGUUAAUUAGCAGAGCCGCGCACUGCACUCGGGCGUGGCCACGGGUGGGCCUGGAAGAUGGCAGUGGGGUGAGGAGGGGGCUGGUGAUGGGAUGGGGUGUGCAGGGCUGCGGUGAGGAGAGACGCCUCUCCCUCUCCAUCCCCGGGGCUGUGGCGAUGGGGUGAGAGGCCUCUCCCUCCCAGCUCUGGGGCUGCAGCGGGGGAGCGAGGCACCUCUCCCUCCCCGCCCUGGGGCUGCGGUGCGGGGAGAGACGCUCUCCCCCAGCCCAAGUGCUGCUGAGGGGAGAGAGGGCUCGGGGGAGUCCUCUCUCCACGCCCCAGCCCCAGGGCAGCCUACACCCCAAACCCCUCAUCACCCGGCCCCACCCCAGAGACCGCACCUCCAGCUGGAGCCCUCCCCCCUGCACCCCAACCCUCUGCCUCAACUCUGAGGCCCCUCCCAAACUCUGAACCCCACAGCCCCACCUCCACCACACAUCACCUCCAUAUUGGUGCACAUAACAAAAAUUCAUUCUGCACAGGGGUGGGAAAAAUUAGCAGGAACACUGAUGGUAACGUAUUCAUUUGUGGGGCCUAAUCCACGGGGGCUACUCACGGGGGCCUGGACUGCAGGAUCAGGCACCUGCUAGGAAGGGAAGAAGUUUAAGGCCUGGUCAAGAUCCGUUGAAGGCUGCAGGAAUGUUUGUGCACAGGAUCAGCUGGCAUCCGCUCAUUUCAACAAACUGCCCUUGGAACGAGCCCUUCACACCCCUGGGCUCAAUUGCCCAGACUCCUUUAUAGUGUUAACACACGCACAAAAAUGCUAAUCAAUUGCUCAGAGCAUUGUAAAAUGCUGUGUUUUCCCAGACCUACGUGCUGCCUAGGUACCCCAGUGAUGGGAGUUAUUUGGAAUGCCUAGGUGGAUAGAAAUAGACGUAGAGCUGUUUGGUUUUCCUGAGGUCCCUGCCUGAAACAGACCGUUUCUUGACCUAGUUUUGAAGGCAGGCUUCAAAGCAGACGUUUCUUUUUUUUCUUCAAGGUUGUAUUAUGAAUCUAACACAGGCCUAUCGGUUAAUCGCAGUUAACUCAUGAGAUUAACUCCAAAAAAUGAAUCGCGAUUAAUCGCAGUUUUCAUCACACUGUUAAGCAAUAGAAUACCGGUUGAAAUGUAUUAAAUAUUUUUGGAUGUUUUUCUACAUUUUCAAAUAUAUUGAUUUCUAUGACAACACAGAGUAAAAAGGGGUACAGCGCUCACUUUAUAGUAUUAUUUUUAUUACAAAUAUUUGCACUGUAAAAAUGAUAAACAAAAGAAACAGUAUUUUCCAAUUCACCUCAUACAAGCACUGUCGCGCAAUCUUUUUAUCAUGAAAGUGCAACUGACAAAUGUCGAUUUUUUUUGGUUACGUAACUGCACUCAAAAACAAAACAAUGUAAAACUUUAGAGCCUGCAAGUCCACUCAGUCCUACUUCUUAUUCAGCCAAUCGCUAAGACAAACAAAUUUGUUUACAUUUACGGGAAAUACUGCUGCCAGCUUCUUGUUUACAGUGUCACCUGAAAGUGAGAGCAGGCGUUUGCACAGCACUUUUGUAGCCGGCGUUGCAAGGUAUUUACGUGCCAGAUAUAAAAAUUUUAUUAAAGCUAAUGUAAAAAUUAUAUAAUGCACAGGUUGAGAAAAGUGUGUCUGUACAUCUGGAUAUAGUGUUUAGAUUAUCCACAGAUACAAAGUUUGUUUAUAAACUCAUAAGAUAACAUCUAGUACAUAAUCUGCAGUAACCCAAAUUCAGAUGAAUAAAUUUAAUGAUACAGUUUAGAUAUUUGAAUCCGAAUACUCAGGUACCUCACUCAAGAAAAGUUAUACAGAGAGUUAGUUGUAGAAGCUAUAGGAAGGAGUGUAGAUUGUCCCUCAGUAAUUGAGCAUUUAGGAUGGGUUGUCCCUUAAUAGAUAUAAUCAAUCAGAGAAGUUUUUCAGUUACUUUCCGGUUUCGCUUCUCUUCGGCACUCCAGCUCAUCUCUCCUGGUAUUGCCGAUGUCCGGUUCUAGAUAGAUGUCCCUUGAAAAUGUAGAAAACAUCCAAAAAUAUUUAAACAAAUUGUAUUUUAUUAUUGUUUAACAGUGCGAUUUAAUUUUUUUAAACGCUUGACAGCCCAUACCUAAUAUAAAAAGAGUAGGAGUCUGUAGUGCUGUGAACUAUUCCCAAGGGAAAUAAAGGGAACAAAGUGAACUGGAUCCUCAGCUGGUGUCGAUCCGUUCUAGUCUACAGAGGUUCUGAUGCCACGCUCUUCACUAGUAGCUGAGCGCCUUCUAGUAGUGACUGAAGCAACGUGACCAACAUCUGGGACAUGCUCUUUGCUCUCUCAUCCUAUCCCCAGGAAGAGAAGCGUGCACAGGGGUUUUUUAUAACCUAUACCCAGGAUCUGCGUAACGCCAUUGGCUUCGGUGCAGCUGUGAUGACUGACAAUCGAGGAUCUGGCCCGGUGUGUUUCAUUAGUCGGGCCCUACCAAAGUCACCCUCCAUUUUGGUCAAUUUCACAGCCAUGGUAUUUUAAAAAUCAUAAAUUUCAUGCUUUUAGCUAUUUAAAUCUGAAAUUUCCUGGUGUUGUAAUUGUAGGGGGUCCUGACCCAAAAAGGAGUUGGGGGGGCGGGUCGCAAGGUUAUUGUAGGGGGAUUUGGGGUAUUGCCACCCUUACUUCUGCGCAGCUGCUGGUGACAGUGCUGCCUUCAGAGCUGGGCACCCGGCCAACAGCCGCUGCUCUGCAGCCGCCCAGCUCUGCAGGCAGCGCAGAAGUAAGGGUGGCAAUAGUGCGAUCCCCCUAAAAUAACCUUGUGACCCCCCCUGCAAUGCCUCAGGACCCCCAAUUUGAGAAACGCUGUCUGCCCCAUGAAAUAUGUAUAGUAUUGGGUAAAAGCACACAAAAGACCAGAUUUUGUGGGAGGAGACCAGAUUUCAUAGUCCGUGACAUGUUUUUCAUGGCCUCGAAUUUGGUAGGGCCCUAUUCAUUAGUGUAAGUGUGCUCACCGGAAGGUGUGAUCUCUCUCUCGGCCCACUGAAUGCUUACUUGUCAGAGGACCUGCUGAUCUGAAAUGGAGUUUGUGCCAAGGGAAGGGUGUUCAGAUAUCCCUGCUCUUCCUGACUGUUCCCUUUGUAAUAUGGCUGCGUGGCAGGGAUGCUGUUACCAGGUAGGAGCGCGAGAGCCUCACCUUUGUUCCUGGCACUAGAGGCCACCCUUGUGUGGAAGGCGGGUGGGGAGGGAUAGUUUUUAAAAUGUGAACGGCCCCGUGAGAACUGAACCCACAAACUAGACCUUUGUGCUCGCUGCAGCCCGCUGCUCUCACCUGCAACGUCUCCCCUUGGAAGGAGCGCACAGGGAGGGAGGCUUUGAAAGGCAGAUGACUGUGCUAACAGCUGUAUCGCUGAUCAUGAACACAGGUGGAGUUCUCUGCUAGCAGCAGGGAGAGCUUGCUGGCAUUAGCCACUCUACACCGAGUUACACUCCAAUAAUUGUCGUGUUGGGCCUGAUCCUGUUGAAAUCUAAGUGAGUUUUACUGUUGACGUUAGUGGGAGCAGGAGUGGACCCUUCACUGCCCCCCGAACAAGGCCCUAUACGCUGCUCAAGACCCACAGUCUGAUGGAGGCUUUAAAUGAUGCCCAGUUUAGGCUCUCUUUGCUGUCGUGAACUUCACUUUUGGUUCAUAGGCACAACCACUAAGGGAAAUUCCAUCCACUGUUCACAGCUCUUGGAGAAAAAGAAGCAAGGGAUUAUUAAGGUGUCUAUGCCAGAAAUCUUUAAAUGGAGCCAAAGGGAAUGAAGACUAUUAAUAUCCCCCUCUUUGUCUAAUGCACGUUUAAUAGCAAUGCAGCCUUUGUGUGUGAGCAGGGAAAAGUUGACAUGACAGCAAAUGCCCCAGUAUAGGUAUGUUGCUGUCUUUUAUCUACACCAAAUCAAAUCUAAAUACUAAGGUCUUAGGCUGGCACUAUUCACUUUGAGCCAGAUCCAGGAAAUGUCCAUGUGCUAAAUGUUAAAUCGAGAUUGGAUGGCUUGUUCUGAAGUUAUUGGCUUGGUUCAGAAAUCACUGUGUGGAAUGCAAUGGCCUGUGUUAUGCAGGGGAUCAGUCUGAAUUAAAGCCCUAAAAUCUAUGAAUAACUUUUGCUCGGAUGAGUAGCCGUGCAGUGGGACUACUCACCCAAGUAAAGCUAACCAUGUGCAGAAGGGUUUGCAGGAUCAGAGCCCUGAGUAGUCCCAUUGAAGUCAGUAGCAGUUUUGCCUGAGUGAGGAGCACAGUAUCGGGUCCUAAAACAUGUUGGAUUAUUCAGGUUUAGUCUGGGAUUUUUAGCUGAGAAGCUUUACUGAAUUUUCCGACACCGGCAGAAAACGUAAGACCAGACCGAUCCGUGCAUACAGGAGAGAACUCAUCAGAUGUCUGAGGUAUACUGCUGCAGUGUUUGGUUAUCAUCAGAGUGCCCACAGUUCUCUUCAUCAGCUGAGAAAAGGGCUCUGGGUUACAUUGAUGUAUUUGCUUUGGGUCCGAAGCAAUCCCGGGGAAGGAUAAUGGAUGGACACAGCAGCAAGAGGGAAAAAAUCAUCGACAAACCUAAUCCAUUCAGGUGGUUUUGAGUGGGACAAAAAACACUGUGUUUGUAGGAAGAGGUCUUGAAUCCUUAGGGUACGUCUACACUGAAGUGUAAGCCCAGGGUUCAGACUCAGGCUCAAGGCUAACGCCCCUUCUGUCUAAACACAAAUCACGCUAGUCCAAGGCUUGGACCCAGAGUCCCAGGACUCCACAGGGAUGCAGGGUCUGAGCCUGAGUCAAGCUGGGACCCAGGGUUCGAGCCGUAUUGCUUUGCAACAUAGACACAGCCCCACUCGAUGCGUGCUCUGGGAGUCUGCCAAAAGUAUCCCACAAGACAACUUUCUUUGUUCUCUGGACAGUCAAGUUUGGUGGACGAUCAAGUUUUCCCACACUGCACCCUGAACAAAGGGGUAGAACGGCCCCACAUUUGGGGAGGAUGCUAGGAAUUCUGGGAUAUGGGUGGUUGGACUUGAGCACACAUAAUACAGGGAAGACACAGGAGCCCAAGGUUGAGACCCAGGGUUCAAGAAUUCCUAACCGGGGUUACAAAUGAGUGGAGAUGCUCAAGUUUUUAACAAACUCAGCUUUGGCUAGCUCAAGUUCUGCUAUUCCUGGGCUUACAUUGCAGUGGAAUAGCAUUAAGAUACAGAAUGAAUCCAUGUCGUGCUUCAAAACAGAAGUCCUUUUCAGUGCACGGUAUGUAUCAAGGGACUGGAAUGAGGCCAAUGAUCUUUGUGUGACUGUGUGUAUUGAUGCAUUUAAGUUAAAUGAAGCACAACUACAGUGAGCAUCAAUUAUAUCCAUUUCCUUCUCGGACAUUGAGUAUUAAAGUGUCAUUUCAUCUGUUUAAGCCGCAGAUCUGUAUUUCCCAGGACGUUGUGUUUGAGAAUUACAUGUGUAGGGCAUGGUGA